AGAGCAGCAUGCAGCAGAUCUACAAACAGACCGAUGAACAGUUUGAGGUUUAUACCACCGUCUUCUCCCCACAAGUGACCAGGACCAGGACCAGGACCAGACAUGUGGAGGCCGAGAAGGUGGUGGUGGCUGUGCUUCAGUACCGGUCCCGCUGGCCGAAGGAGCUGGACCUGAACCAGGGAGACCUGAUCCAGGUUCUGUUUAAGGAGGACGAGACCUGGUGGUUUGGACGGCUUACAGACGGACGUGAGGGAUAUUUCCCUGCAGGCUCCAGCUGUGAUGUAACAGUCUUUGUACUGCAGGGCGGAGCUUCAUCCACAGCCACGCCCACUCUUCUGAGGAGGGUGUCGAUGCCGGCCGAUGGACCAACAGCAGCCGCCCCCUGUGGCUGCACCAGUGGUCGCAGUACUCCGAGGCUGCUGAGGAAAAACAGCAUCCGGCAGGACGGGCUCUCUGGUCCAGCAGCUCCUCCUCACAGCUCCCCGAGCCUCUUCCACCGGGUCCUCGCCAAGUCCAGGAGGAAGAGCUGCCCCCACCUCCCCCAACCCCACCCAAACACGGGCUCUUUCAACACCGCGUUCCAGCCGGACUAG